UUAGUUCAUGAAAAAACAGGUGACGUUGACACUACUAAUUCCUAAAUUUUGGGAGGUUGGUUUUUUCUGAUUUCUGGUUCUACUAGAAAUUAAUUUUGAAAAAUGGCAAACAUAGGAACAGUUAUUUCCAAAUUUUAUACAGAAUACACAAACAAAACCCCGAAAAAGUUAAAGAUAAUUGAUGCUUAUUUAUUAUACAUUCUCUUGACCGGCAUCGUUCAGUUUGUUUACUGUGUUUUAGUAGGAACAUUUCCUUUCAAUUCUUUCUUGAGUGGUUUCAUUUCUACAGUCAGUUCCUUCGUUUUGGCUGUUUGUUUGCGUCUACAAGUAAACCCAGAAAAUAAAAAUCAGUUCCAAGAUGUGAGCCCUGAGAGAGGAUAUGCAGAUUUCAUAUUUGCUCAUGUUGUUCUACACUUGGUCGUAAUGAAUUUUAUUGGUUAAAAUGAUAUAAUUUCUUUCUUAUGUAAUACAAUUUCAAUUUGAAUAAAAAAAAUCGUGUUAUCAA